AUGGCCGAGACUUUGGAUACAAAGCCUGUUCUGCACGCGACUGCCGGCGACAAUGUUCGCAGUGGUGAUGGAGCAGUGGCACCCCUAAGCGAGGAUGAGAAAAGGAUUGAAAGAAAGCUCGUUCGCAAGAUCGACCUCCUGAUCCUCCCCAUGGUCGCCCUGGCUUUCUUUCUGAGCGUCAUAGACAGGGGCAACUAUGGUUUUGCUCGGCUUCAGCAUCUUGAACGCGACCUCCACAUGUCCGGUUCCGAAUUCCAGGCUGCAUUGAGUAUCUUCUAUGUAGGAUACAUGCUGUUCGGAGUGCCAUCCAAUAUGCUGCUGAACUAUUUCGGGCGGCCAUCGUGGCACAUAGGUCUUGCAGUUGUCGCUUGGGGCACUGUGACUGCAUGCACAGCUGCGGUUAACAACUUCGGAGGGAUGAUGGCCUGCAGGACCUUGUUGGGUGUUGUCGAGGCUCCCGUGUAUGCUGGAAUGCUAUUUUACCUCUCGAAAUGGUACAAGAAAACCGAGCUUUCUCUCCGUAUAUCCCUAUGUCUAUCCUUCGGAUUGAUGGCCGCUGCUACCGGUCCCCUGAUCGCCGCGGGCGUUCUGAGCGGCCUAGAUGGCGCAAAGGGCCUUUCGGCGUGGCGGUGGCUUUAUAUCAUAGAAGGCACAGCAAUCCGUCGUCUAACCCUCGAUGCCUCAGAGGCCGACAUCGAUGAAGCCGGUAUAUCCGCAAUGGACGGCGUGAAACUCGCCCUGCGCGACCCAAAGCUAUACCUCCUGUGUUUCAUGCAACUGUGCAUCAUCGUCGGAAUCGGCAGCCAGGCCUUCUAUCCUACAAUGACAGCAACCCUAGGAUACAGCCACGUCAUUUCGCUCCUGCUCGUGGCGCCUCCCUACUUCUUCACAGCCAUCCACUGCUGCAUCCACAGCCACCUCAGCGACCGCACGGGCCGUCGCUUCUGGUACAUGAUCUACCCUGCGCCGCUCGCCGUCGCCGGAUACGCCAUCUACAUGUCGCCGGUGUCUUCGUUUGGAGCACGAUACGUUGCGCUUUUCCUGAUGCUCUCCGUGUACAGCAUGAACAUGACUGCGAACGCCUGGUUGGCUACAACGAUCUCUAGGCCGCCCGCUAAACGUGCUGCCGCGUAUGGCUUCCUGACUGUCGUGCCUCAUACCAGUUCGAUCUGGUCCUCGUUCACCUACCGCAACAACGACUCGCCUUACUUUCGCUUGGCCCUGGGGAUCGCUGCGGGGAUGAUUACUCUUGCUGCGGCUUCGGCUGUUUGGCUUCGAGUGCUUCUGGUUCGGGAGAAUCGCCGGCUUGAAGAGGAGGAGAAGAGGAAAUUGGACUUGGCUGGGUCUCGGUCUGGUGCUGAUGUUGCGCCGGGGCAGGAAGGGAGUUCGUUUCGGUACACAAUCUGA